CCUCCUGAUGGGAGGAAAGGCUUGAAACAGAGCUGAAAAAGGAAUAACGUUGCCUUCUUUGCUCCAUCGCGGAGCCUGUGGAGGCCUGAUGGGAGCAGGGCUUCUGUAACAACACACAUGUCUGGAAGGUUGUGGUUCAAGGCCACUUCUGUUGGCUCUCAGCAGGGUCUCCAGAACCAGAGGGAGCACACAGCUCUUCUUAAAAUUAGAGGUGCUUAUGCUCAAGAUGAAACUGAAGUCUAUCUAGGCAAGAGAUGUGCUUAUGUGUACAAAGCAAAGAACAAGACAGUGACUCCUGGUGGUAAAAGGAGUGAAACCGGAGUAAGCCGGGGAAAGGGAACUUGUGCUCACGGGAACAGUGGCAUGGCUCGUGCUCAAUUCCAAAGCAACCUUCCCACUAAGGCCAUUGGACACAGAGUCCGGGUAAUGCCGCACCCCUCAAGAAUGUAAACUUAUUGAAAAGUAAAGAUAUAAAAUGGAUUUGUUUAAAACAAAGAAAAGGGAAUAGCCCGGCCAAGG